AUGAUUGGUGUUAAGGAUGGUGUUGAAAAUUUAUUUCAUGGUAGCAAGAAGAAGCAUUCGAAAAAGAAGGUUGAAAGCACUGCUGUGCAAGUUCUAGAGGAGAAAUUGAUAACAGGUCAAUCGGCGGACAUGUCCUUCGUUCGAGACUUCUUGCUCUUUAUUGUCUCUGUAUUCUUGAUGCCUAAUACGUCUGUAAAUGUUGCUCGCGAAGUGGAGGAUCCUAUAAAGGCCAUAAAUGACAUUGCAGCGGUUUGUCGUGUUAACUGGGCAUCACUGUCGUACAAUUAUCUAUGGAAGGCCCUUCGACGGCAUCAGAAAAACAACGGCAUGUUUGUCGGAGGAUGCAUAUAUUUUUUACAGUUAUUUUACUGUCAUCACGUUGUUUGGAAGGAAGGAUAUGUUGAUAGAUCCCUCUGCCCUUUAAAUGUGUGGUCUGACGAUGAUUUCAAGGCUAUACUGGAUUGGGUACAGGAGCAUGGGGGGUUUGAAUCAAAUAAAAUUCCAAUGAUAGAGUUGCAGGACGGUGCUGCAACAUCGAAGAUGCCUGCCACGCUCGCCUCUUUGUGUGAUAAGGUUGAAUCGAUUGAGAACAAAAUGAUUGAAAAGGAAAUAGAAAUGGUAAAAUUUCAUGAGGAUUUGAAGUUGCAAAUGGCCAAGGAAUUCAAACAAUUACGUAGGAGUUUGAGUGGCGGAAUCAGUUCAAGGGUGCGUGGUGGUGGUGUUCCCAAGUAUAGUAAGGGAGAGGAGCCUCGGGAUUCAGCCAUAUUAAUUAAUGACCUUAUCCUAGCAAACAUGCAAAUGGAUGAGAAUAGGAUAUUGGAGAAGCUUUCGAUUAGGAAUGACCCAAUGUUGUUGGAGUGUGGUAUAGGAUUUCAGAAUGAACCUUCUUAUGGAAACUACUCAUCGUCCUUCAACGAAAGCAACCUGGGGGAAGUGAAGCAUGACUUCAUUAAUUUUGAAUUAACAUUUUCACCACGGAAGGAGUUGUUCAAUGAGGUCCCAGCAAACACUGACCCAAAUGCUUUUUCCUGUGAACCAUCUAAUUCAGAGAAUGGGAAGACCAUGGUUGAAAUGGACAAAGAUUUCAACGAAUCUCUUGCUAAAGUUAGACCUCCUGAGAAAGAAAAGAAGGAGGUGGAGAAAGGGAAGGAGAAGGAUAUUGUGGAUGAAGUCACGACUCAUGAACCUAGUAUCCCGGGGAUUACGGUUGAUCAUGUUGUACAUGAAAUAGAGGAAGAUGAUAAUGAGAAGAUCGAUCCUCCCACUCUAAGGAGAGAGAAGGAGCUCUGCAAAUUGGACAACUUGUUUCAGAAUAUGAUUCACACAUACAAUGAAAGCAAUUACUACCAAAUUGGAGCAUUCAAAUUGCGGAGGCCCUUGCCCCUGGCGAGUUUCAAAAUCGCACUUUUCAUUUUUUACUUCAGUUUGUCUUUGACUGAGGUGUUGGUAGUAAAUCCAAUGGCAAAGUUGGAACGUUGGUACUUUAGGAGCCUUAGGCCUGAAGCUCAUGUGGACAUGAAGAUUAUUGAUGCUUUUGCUCAUGUACUACGAUUUACACAUAAAGAGAAGUGUGACAAAAUGGAGGAUAUGAGAACUCUAAUUUUUCCCACCUUUCAUCCCAAUUUGGAAAGUGGUCAUGGUCGGAACUUUUGGGAGACGGGGGAUUUUGGUUUUCUUGGUGUACCUGUCAAUGUUACUUUGGUUCUAAAUAAUGCCGAAAAGGUAUUCCAAGCCUUCCUUAUGCAAGUUAUUUAUUUUCUUUGAAUAAUUCACUUAUCUAAUCAUCUGUUUUUGGGUAUGAGUUAACUUAGAUCCUAGUGCCUAUGAAGGACAUCGAAUACAAUCACUGGAUACUGGCUGUAUUGGACAUUAAGAGUUCCUCUGCAUCGUAUUGGGACUCC